UAGGGUUCAUUGGAAGUCGCGUCUCUCGCUGUCGUAGAGGAGAAAUGGCUGCGGUUCUAUCCCGUGCCCUCAAACUGCCCGGGAAGAAGGGCUCUGAGCUCGGGGACUACGAUCCUCUCACCCAGGCAGACAGCGAUGACGAGAGCGAAGAAGAUGACCUCGUGCUCAACUACCCCAGAAACGGCCUCGGCAGGGACGGCUGCCUGGGCUCCUCAAAGCUACGCGCCGGCAGAGCCGAACGACUCAACGAGGCGCAGGACGACGAAGACGAGGAAGAAGAUGACGACGAGUGGACGGAGCGGCUCCCCGGCAAAUCCAGGCGGGACAGGUGCGAGCUGAAAGACAGCCAGUUCUGGAGCCGCAGGGACUCGGGCAGAGAAAAGAUGGGGGAGGACAGAGGGGGCUCUGGGAUGUCCGGGGCCUCAGGACUUGGGGUUCACAGCGUCGAAGCAGAGAAGAAGAGGGUGAGAGCGAAGAACGUGGUGCGAAGUGCGUUUUUCCUGGUGCCCCUGACCUGCACCGCUGGGAUCGUGCUGCUGUACGUGUUCCUCGUCCCGUGUCAGAGAGGAGAGCUGGAGAAGAAGCUGCAGUGGGAGAAAGCUCUGGGAGAUGAAGUCGGUGUGGCUCGACCUGCGCUGACAUUGUGGGACGUUGAUGGAGAUUCAGUGGAGGAUGUGCUCCUGGCUGUAACCGAGUGGACCAACGAGACUCACACGACUCAGAGGAACAAAAGGGGCGGUGUUGCACUGUUGCAGACGGGAGCGUUGCUCGGACAUCCUGUGCCUUUCAACCUCACAGGGCAAGGGAAGCUCAUCGGACCUUUGCUGCACAAGACCCAGCAAGGAGCAUUCUACAUCUUGUUUGGACUAGGUAACGUCCAGGCCAUCUCUUUGCAAGAUAUCUACUUUCGAGCCUUUGGAGACAUGGCCAUCCCUCAGCCGCUUCGGAAGAAGGAUACGGUGUGGGAGGCACUCAAUAAAAGCGAUUUGUCCUCCGUCAUACGCAUUCACAGAGGAUCUGAGCGUGUGGAGUUCUUGCUCCCUCUUGUGGCUGAUUGGGGGAUUGACGGCAGCAGCCUGGACACAGUUUCUAACCUGAACUCCACCCGGAGCGACUGGGUGUUGGUUUAUGGUGCCAGCACGCUGUCGGUGGUCAGACAGCGGGACUUGCGCAAAGAGUGGGCGUUCAACAUGGCUGCUAUUCACAGUCAACCAGCUGUGGGACACUUUGACAAUGAUGGAACACUUGAUAUUUUCGUUCAGCAUUCAGCAUAUGGUAUCAUGCAGGCAAAGAUUAUUAACGGGGCGAGUGGUAGCGUUCUCUGGGCAGCUGAUUUUGUGUGCCCCCACCUAGUUGUGAAAGCAUCUGCAAUAUCCACCUCAACUGGCCAAUCAGCUUUCUUGUUCUGGGCCAGCGAUCCUAUCAAAGCCCAGAGGAAUGUUACCAGGACUACAACGGCGCCAGGCUUUGCUGCAGCGAGGCCCCUCAUCAGAAGGCUCUUCCUGCUGCAUCCUACGUAUCCCACAGUUCUGCUGGAGCUCAGCAACACAACAGAUACAGCAGUCACAUCUGCAGUAAGUUACCUGGGGCGUCUGAGAGAUGCCACCUACAUCACCGUAUCGUCCCGACCCACACCUGACUCUGAGCCUGGCGCACGGAUCGUGAAGAGCAUGAGCCUCAGAGCUGCCAUCGGCAGAGGACAAAUCGUCAGGCUGAUGGAAAACAGCAACCUGAAAGGAGCCGUCAACCCUGGAAGCCUCAACAUGUUCUUCAGGCGUCUCUAGACGUCGGGGAUGAGCGCUGGUACUAUGACCUUUGCACGAUGAGCUGAGGAAUGAACGAUUCUGCACUAUGAAGACACUUCCACUAAGUAAACUUUUAAUUUCUGUUGGCCGCGAAAGAUUUCUCACAGUUUUGUACAGUAAAAGUGCUUAUUUUAAAUUAUUAAGUUAACAUUGAGAAGUUUGUUGUAUUUA